CCACUGCUGUUCAGCAGAUCUGAGAGUCGGCCUGGAGCACAAGCAGGGGUGUGUGUGAGGGGGACCUGUCUUGGGGCGGACGUGGCAUUGAGGAACUGGGGUCCCAUGCACCUGGUGUGCCUGGUUAGGGGUGUUUGGUGGUCCCUGGGUGGUCCUAGAUGGGUAGGGGGCAGAAGAGGGAAACUGCGAUCACUAAAUGAGGUCUUGGUAGCUUCCACCUGCCUGUGUGGCGUGAGUCAUGUGGAGGUGGAAUCCUGGCACAUUCAGUCCCUUCAGCUGGAGUGGACAGAAGAAUGCAGAAGCAGGUGGAUCCAGCUCGGGACUCUCUGUGACCCAUCUGCAGAGGGGCUGUGACCUUCCUGGAAGUGGCAGGAGGGCUAGACUCACCUCUAACCGAGGAACAGGUGGGAUUUGUGAUGGCAGGGGGGACAAGGAGAGGCUGGCCGCUGCUCUAACAGGACAGGGCGGGACCAUUGAGCAGCCAGCCACAACAGGCCUGAGAGCAUUUCCCGUUGGCUGCAGCCCAGCCCUGCAGGGAACCUGCAGGCACCUGGUGUUCUCAGUGUGGAAACCUGAGUGCCCCAGGAGCCUGGGAGAAGCCAGGCUGUGUGCCUCCAGGCUGCACCUCAGCAGGGAUGCCGAGUCCAUUUCUGGUGCUCAGUGCCCAAGGAAGGGGUCAAGUUGCAAGUGGCAUCAGAGGCCAGGAGAUUUUUCCUGGGACUUGUGCUGCCCCUGGCAAGAUUUCUUGUCUUGCUUUUACUGAGCACACUGAUAGUGUGAAUCCAGGGGUCACUGAGACACUGAGGAAAUGGGGGUGGGUAGAAGUGAACAUCUGGGAAAGAGGGGCCUUGUGGGGACAGCAUGUGUCAAAGUGGGAGGGCUGUGGCCUUCCCCGUGUGAGACACGGCUGCAUGGCAGGGCACCAAUGGGCUCUGCCCAAGGCAUCUGUGGGGUGCUUUUGUUUUUGUUUUUGUCUUUGUCUUUUUGAGACAGGAUCUCACUCUGCAGUUCCCAUUGGCCUUGAGCUUUGUAGCCCAGGCUGGCCUUAAACUCACAGUGAUCCUCCUGCCUCAGCCUUCCCAGUGCUGGGGUUGCAGGUGUGAGCCACCAGGCCUGGCACUGUUUUUAUUUUUGUAAAUUGUACUGAACAGAAAACAAAGUGUUCUCGCUGUUGUAAGUGGGCAGUUCUAGGGAGUUGAGCACAGUUCGGUCUGUGCCCUGCAAGUUCUGCCAUCCUCCCACAUAGCUGGACCUCAGCCCUCUCAGCUGGGCGCUACCACCCUCAAUGAGGUCUGGGCCUGACCCUCCCAGGACUCCGUGCAGCUCAUAUCAGUGACCAGAGGCCCCUAGGGCCACCCACGCUGCAGCCUCGGUCAGGGUGUCCUCCCUGCUGCGGGCCCCCCUCCGCUUGCAUUCACUGCGACCUGCUAAAGGGGUCCUCCUGGGCUUCUGGAGCUGCUUCCUCUGUUGACUACAGCCCACCUGACUUGGAACCUGGGCCUCCGAGGGAGUCCAGGCCUAUGAAGAUUUUUGAGACUGAAAAAGAAAAAAGUGCUCCCUAUUUCUAAGCACAAAAAGAAUAUGGAAAGUUUGAAGUUGUAAAAUGUUCAAAUGGGAUUGAAUUUGGCUUUCACGUCAUUCCAUUAAGUUUUAUUUAAAUUAGUGUGCGUAUGCAUUCACUCACAGGACUGCAAGUAUGUUCCCAGGGCUUCUGGGAUGUGGAAGCGGCUGACUGUGGGGCUUGAGUGGCUGUGGCUCUGCCUCUUGAGUGCUGCUGACCUGAGUCUUUGCCUGACUGCAGAGAGGCAGAAGAGCCCCUCCUGCUCAGGGGAGGACCAGACCUCAGAGGACAGGGCCUGUGCAGCCGGAUGGAGGGCUGGGGACAGGAGCAGAGCACUCAGGGCCCCUGAGGGAGGAGGUAGCCUGGGUGCAUUUGGCUUUCUCUCCUGGUCUGAAUGGGAGGUAGUGGGGGAAGUCACAGGAAAUGCAGUCACUGCCGGAUGUCGGCCUCUGGGGCCAAGGGUGCCAGACUGUGGCCCUGGGUCCUGCUGGACUUUCCUUGAUCUGCAUACAUUCCCUGGGGCUGGAGUAUGAACGCUGCAGGACCAGGGUUGAGUUGCUGUGUCUGCCCUACAAAGCAAGCUGGGUGUUGCCAUCAGUGUGACCAUCACAACGGGCCCUGCAGAACUAGCAGGUGCGACAGGGCCAUGACCUCAUAUGAGCAGCAUGAGUACCUCAGUGGCGCAGCCACUGUCCACUUGCCACGGAUGCUGUGAUGGACAAAGACCCCUGUUUCGGGACUUCUGAUGCAUAGGGCUGUCCUCAUUGUCACCCCUAAGAAUUGGCUCAUCUCCUCCUCGUGGGUCCCUGUCCUGUUUGAGACCCAUGCUACACAGUACCAGGCCCAAAGCAGCACCAUCUUGGCAUCGAGAAACCGAUGCUGAGCACAUCGUCCUCUCAGAUGGAGCCAGCUUCCAAGUGUGUGUCUCUCUGGAACACAGAGCUGGGUUCAAAUGGGCUCAGGCCAGCGCUCCACCCCCAAGGCUGUGCCUGGACCUGAAGGCUUCAGCCCUAGGGGCCUCAGCUUCAAGCACAGGCGGAGCCAGAGCCGGGCCUCCAGCUGCCCUGCAGGGUGUCUGCACAGCCAGUGUGCUCACCGGCAAGGGUGCUGCAUCCUCCUGGCUCCCAGCGGAGGAACCCACACAGGUUCUGUUCAAACAAAUAAGCCUCAGCCUCCUCAAGCCUCCUGCUUCAGGCUCAGCGCAGUGCACUUCCUGUCACCAUGGCCUGCUGCCAAGCGAGCACCGGUGACAGACACCCUUUUACCCUCUGUGUCACAGAGAAGAUGUCACGAAGCAGGUGCCAGCCCAACCUGGUGGCCGAGCAGCCCUGUGCUGAAACAGAAACUUUGGACAAAAUAAAUAUGAGCAUCGGGCCACAAGCACCUACAGAGUAGACCACACGGAGCCACGGGUGGACGCCCUGCCAAUGUCAGGGCGGCGUGGCCAGUGCAGUCACUGCCACCCGGAGCAUUAGAAAUGGUGGUGUGGGUUUGCGGAGCUCGGGAGCUUCGGUCUUCUCUUUCUUUACAUCUUCCCUCUUGGCGACUGCAGAUUGAAACAUCUUUCCCCAGAUAGCAGAUGAGAAAUGGCACCCUCUCCCAACUCACAUGCUGCCACUUUGUGACUGGAGGGACACUGGGGCAGAGCGAUGGCCCUUUAUCCACAGGAUACUGAGUGCUGGGAGGGGCGCAGCCUGGCCUGAGGGCAGGAGGACAGCAGGCGCCACGGCAGCCAGCAGCCUCGGUUAGCUUAAUUAAGGGCACAGUCCUUCCCUGCAGGAAAGGGUUGUUAAAAAGCCAUUUCCCUUUCUGGAUUAGAAACCAGUGAGCUCUCAAGCCAGGGAAGGACAAAGGUGGCCCUUGCGUUUGACUUGCCGAGUGACGGGGGCCAGUCUGAAAGGCCACAGUCUGUCUGGGAGAGGAAGGGUAGAAGGCAGGAGGCCGAGGGGCACCCGGAGACUGCCACACUCCGUCUGGGACCCUGCAGGCCUGUGCUGUGAUGGCCAGUGCGGCCUGGAUGUGGAUGUGGACACUGCUGCUGCUUCUCUGGGUGACCCCGGGGCCUGAGGCCUUCAACAAGGGCAUCGGGGAGCCCUGUGAGGAGCAUCUGGAGUGCCGGAGUGGCUGCUGUGUCUCCAACAGCUUGAACCCUCAUCGUUUCUGCACCGCUCAGACCUUUUUCCAGCAUUGCUUGCCGUGGCACAAGCCCGUCGGCUACCAAUGCUACCACCACUGGGAGUGUCAGAGCAGGUGCUGCAGCCAGAUUGGACGCAGCCUGAAGAGGUUCUGCGUGUCCAAGACCAUCUUCCUGCAGUGUGUGCCCUGGCGCAAGCUCAAAGGGGACCUCUGUAGGAGCCACCGUGAAUGCCUGAGCCAGUGCUGCAUCCGACAGCGGGACUCCAGUCCCCGCCGCUGCACACCCCGUACCGGAAUCCUGGCCCAGUGCUUGCCCCUGAAUUGACCCAAGUCUGCACUGCAGGAUCAGAUCUGGAACCUUGCAUCCAGCCUGGACCUGGCCAUUGAGAAGCCACGCCUGUGGCCGUGCUGCUCCCUUCCUGGUCCCAGGAGCCUGGAGGCCAGAGGUGCUGUCCUUUGCCCCAAGCAUGUGGUGUCAGUGAGCCCAGACCACAAGUCUGAGAUGUGUGGCCCAACUGCAGAAAUAAAUGCCCUGAUGGCACAGCGCAUGGGCGAGGUCUGUGGGAGUCUGACACGGGCCUCCUGGACCCAUCUUUCGUGGGGAGACCAUUCCACACCCCUCCCCUGCACUCUAUCCUAGAGGUGAAAUUAGCUUACCUGAGUGUGGAAGAUUCCAGAAUGCAGGACCAUGUCCUGGGGCUGCUCACCCCUCCUCUGCUCUCCCCCUGGUGGCUGAGGUUGCAGAGAGCAUUUCCUCCCCUUCUGGUCUCCAGGUCUCUAAGCUGCACUGCAGUUGGGUGGGUGAGACUGGGGCUCCGGUGGGCGUGGCUAGGGGGAUUCCCACCUUGGGUGUCAGGGCCUGAGUGACACCCAGCCCUGUGCCCUGCUGUGGCCACUGCCCAUAUCUGCUCCCAGAGCUGCCCUGGGCACUGGGGUCCCCAAGCCCUGCUGUCUGCGAGUCCCUGGAAACCCCGCCACGAGCAUUUGCCCAGGCUGAGGGUGCUUGCUCAGGCUUUGCUCCAAGAACAUUCCUUUUUCUUGGAGUCCCCAACAUCACUGGUCCCUGGGUAUCAAGGCACAGGUGCAUGGUGGGUGAGGACCGGUGUGACCACAGCUCCUGACCCCAGCGAAGGAAUCACAGCACACUGAAUUUGGAGAAGUGGCACAUGAAACGCCAUUUUUAUGGAUUUUGUCACCUCUGUGACAGUUUUACAUCGACUUUUCUGACUUCAUAGUUUUUAAUUACAUAUUUACAAGUUA